AGGCCUCAUAAUAUGCAAAUUGCUUACGUAGAGAAUAAUAAUUCACAAAAACUGUUAAAAAACAACAAAAACAACUCAGCAAUCAAAAGAUUAAUUAUUUCCACAAUUGUGCAAACCACGUUAUUGGCUCAACGCAACAUUUCGCGUCCAACAGAAGAAGAAAAAGCAACAGUUUCCAGUCAGGAGGGAACCAUCUUGCACGUAUUCUCUCCUCUUUGGCUACACGUGCUGAGCUCUACCUGUGUGUGUGUGAGCGGAUUGGGAGUCCCUAAACUGAAGCGCUCUGUUGCUGUUUUUACGCAAAACCAAUGCGCUCAAUGCCGGAAGAUAAUUGAAUGUAACGCAACUUCAGGUAGAAACAUGGCGUCCGGCUCCGUUGGCAGGAGGCUGGUGGCGUGUCUCCUCAAUGUCUCCGAGGCUCGCAGGAAGGACCUGGUGGAGACCGUGGCCAAGGCGGCCUUAUACGACGAGGAAGGUGUGACACGAGAGGGGACCGCGGUGCUCAACAUCUUUAAUGACCAGGACUACAACCGGUCAGUCAUCACCAUUGUGGCCAGUGUCGACUCUAUCGGGGAGGCCGUUCUGUCCGCGUGUGAGAAAGCCUGCGCGCUGAUCGACAUGGCCGCCCACAAAGGGGUCCACCCGUGCAUGGGCGCCGUGGACCUCAUACCCAUCUACCCCCUGGGGGAGGAGGUGGGAGUGGAGGACUGUGCCCAAGAGGCUCGGGCCGUGGCUCGGGGACUCACGGAGCGGGUCCCCGGCACCAGCGCCUUCCUAUUCGGCUGGGCGGACUCCCCCCGUCAGCGGGGGCUGGCACAGAGGAGGAAGGAGAUGGGCUGGUUCAAGGAGACGCCGGAUUUGCGGACGAUCAGGCCCGACGUGGGGCCGCCGCCUCGGAAUCCAUUCGGCCUCACAGGUGUCGGGGCCAGUCCGUACGUCACCAACUGCAACGUCACCAUCGACACCCGGGACAUGGCGGUGGGACGCAGCAUCGCCGCGGCCCUCAGGGAGUCGACCCCGGGGGGGCUGCCCGGGGUUCAGGUGCUGGCCUUGCCGCACGACGGCGCCGUGGAAAUCGCCUGCAACGUGGAGAGCGUGAGGUGGAGCCCGGCGGGUCCCAAAACGACCGCCGGCGAACCGUGGCCGCGUUUCAGCGUCGCCGGCCAGCCGUACUGUCACGUUCCGGCGUCCCUCAUCACGGCGAGGGUCGCGGAGCUGGCGGGGAGGGAGGGGGUCGGCGUGAAGGGCACCGCGCUGGUGGGGUUCACCCCCCGAGAGUGCAGGGGCCUGGCAGAGUUCGCGCUGUCUCGAAGGAUCGCCGAGUUCUGGAAGGAGCGGGCCGCGAUCCGCAUGUGAGGAUGAAGCCUCGGCAGAAGAACCUCAUCUUUGUUUGUGGUCGCUUUAAUUAGCGUUACAAGUUGACCACCUCUGAAUGCGGAGGAAAAUAAGCUCCAGAGGGCAUAAACAUCUUAUCCAUAAUGAUUUAAGGCAGGCUCAAGCGUGACAAGAAACAUUUGAACAGGAGCCCUUUAUAUCUGGUGUCCACUUUUGGUAUUUAUUACCACGCAUUUUUAAUCGUUUCUUUAAAAAAUAUAUUUUUUCGGCAUUUAGUUUUUUUUUUUUUUAAAUGACAGAUUUAUUUUAAUUGCAAAAAGCACUUCACCACGGAUCACCGUUUCACCAACAGUGGUAUAUUUACAACUACUUUUUUAGUAUUUAAUUAGUAUACGCGAAAGAAAGUGUGUUUCUCAUUUCUAAUGAACUGUUGCGAGCUGAUUGGAUCAGUUGUAGGUCACUAGAGUUUGAUAAAUAACUAACUCCUCUGUCUUCAGCCAUCUGAUUUUUAAGUGACAAUCUGAAUUAUGCACAUAUGUUGUAUGAUUAACAAAACACUUUAUUUGCUCAUAGAUUUAUAUCACCUGACAUUGACAUACAAUCCAAUGGCUGCAUUUAAUGAGAUUUCACACUGUUUUGAUGAGCAACCGUGUUCUGAAUAUAACAAUAAUAAAAUCAUGUAUUGAUUAAACCUU